AAAUUUUCUGUUUUGGCAUUGACCAUUAUGGCUGCCUCCCGUCUUCCCCUUUCCCAACAAAUUGCCCAGCUGGAAGCUACUGCCCCAGAUUUUGACCUCGAAGACAUUCAACCCGUCGUAGAAGAUGACGACGACGAGCGGAACAUUAACUCUGCAGCUAGGGACCAUUAUCUGGAUGUAGGCCCGAGCUCGUUGCGGCAGCAACAGGAUGGCAUUCUGGACCCAAAGUACGACUCUGUUCAGACCUCCAGGAAACAAAUGAUGGAAGAGAGCUCUCUGAGUGAGGAGGAGGAGGACUCUAUCCAGGAUGGUGAGGGAGACGAGAUACUCAAGGAUGAGGUCGAGAUCGAGGAAUUGGAUGGCGGAGACGACACGGUCAAGGAGAAAAGUUCAUUAUCUAGAUCCGACACUCAAAGGCGCGUCGACCAGGAUGAUCUGUCGUCCACACUAAAGCGAGGUCGGGAGCAAGAUCGGAAAAAAGGUGCUGCAGUCGCCCAACAAUUGUCUAUAUGGAAUUCUUUAUUGAAUGCCCGAAUCUGUCUACAAAAGUCGAUCACCGCCGCCAACAGACUCCCCCUGCCUAGUGACGAAGGGUUGCUCGCUGGGAGCCAGGGUUCAUUAACCAAAAUGCUUCAGGAGGCAGUGUCGUUAUCCGAAGAACUUUUUGAUCUGCAACAGACAAUGUUUACUCUGGAGUCGAUCAGCCUUAGACCUCACAAGCGACGGAGACUCUCGUCUGACGAUGACUUGCAGGAGUAUGAAGCAUACGUACGGGAAACUACCAACGUAUCGUCUGACACCGAGCACGCGUAUCAUCCUCACGCUUUGCAGAUUCUUUCCAAGUGGUCUUCUAAGAUACAGGCUGUCGCGCCAUCUGCCCUACUCCCAUCUAAUCGCAAUGCAUUUUCGAAGAAUUCUGAGAAUUCCAAGACAGUCGUUCAACUGAUUGACGACAACUUGGCCGACACGAACAAGAUGCUCGCGAGAACUCAGAUAUGGCGGAGUAAGGCCGAACGACUGGGAAGAAUGCUUGACAAUAGUCAAAAUGGAGAGGAGCAGGAACACGACUCUGAAAUCUUCGACGACACAGAUUUAUAUCAGCAGUUGCUCAGAGAUGUGAUAGAUGCUGAGAAGAAUGGAACAGAUGACUGGCUGGUAGUGCAGAAACAAAAGAAGGCGAAGAAGAAGGUGGAUACGAAAGCAAGUAAAGGGAGGAAAAUACGAUACGAAGUGCAUGAGAAAUUGCAAAACUUCAUGGUACCUGUCACUAUCAAUGGCGCAUGGCAUGACCAGCAAAUCGAUGAGCUCUUUGGGUCACUUCUUGGCGUAGGGUUUGAAAAUGCGUUAGACCGCCAUGGAGGGGGAAAUCACGGUAUUGAGAUACAGCAUGACGCAGAAGGCAUCUCAAAGGGUGGAUUCAGAGUUUUUGGAUAAAGUUUUCGGAUAGAGUACUGGGGGGAAAUUAGUUCUGGUUUUGAAAUUAGGAGCGAGUCGCAAUAUAACAUGGCCAAACAUUGAUUGCCAG